AUGGCCAGCUCAAAGACUUUCCUUCUUCUUCUUGGACUUUCCUUCUCUGUUGUUCUUCUCAUCUCCUCCAAGGUCUUAGGUCGUAAGCUUGUUGAUGACGAAGUUCAAACCCAAGAAAAGGUACAAGUACAUUUGAAUCACUUCCGUGGCAAUGAACAUGGGCACAAGCAAGGAUAUGAACAUGGAUGCGGGUAUGACCAUGGAUAUAAUUAUGGGCAUGAACAUGGGCAUAGAAAUGAGCAGGGUCAUGGCUAUGGACAUGAACAUGAGCAUGGCCAGAAGUACGGUCAUGGAUAUUCGAAGCAUAGUCGCGGCGGUGAUCAAGGGCAUGGUGCUGGAAAUUAA